AUGCUUUUCUCUGAUCGCUACGAACUGAUUGCGCUGUACCAUGCGUUUCAGCGUCUUCAUUCGCAGAAUGUGGACAACGGUUUGAACGACCUGACUGACUCCUUCUCGUCGUUCAUGACUCGAGCGCGCUAUUUUGCGAUCGGGCACAUAAAACGUACGUUGUCAUAUUCUGCCGUAGACAUGAUGCAUUUGCGACGCGAUAUGCUUCCUACUGCUGGUAUCAGCCACGAAGCGACGAAGAAUGCUCAGCUUUCGAUGUCGCUGUUGGAUGUUUUAAUAGCUGAAUUUUUCAGCGGUUUUGGCCUGAUCUUAUCCUUGAACCAGUGUGAACUAAACGGACGAAUCCACUAUUGCGUUAGGUUUACGAAUGUCGACAGCGCCGCUAGAGCCUUAUCCCAAGCGCAUAAUAACAUGUUCAAAUACAUUAACGGAUAUACAUCGAUCGUCGACGUAUACAAUAAGGAUAACCGCAUUUCGAACUUUAGAAGCGUGACAAGCAUCGAUGCAUUGUCAGAUGAAUUGCUGCUGAAAGUGCUACUCCACGUUGAUCUUCGCACAUUUAUCCGUAGUGAGCGAGUUUGUCGAAAGUGGCAGAAGGUGAUGAAGAAAUCAUGGAAAGACUUGAAAGAGUUGAAUCUUCCCCGCUGGCUUCAAGGCGACCACACUGCGCUUUAUAACAGCGUUUUGAGGUCAGUUUUGAGUCGCGUAUCAUCCAAUUUGCAGUCAUUAGAUCUGUCAGUGAAAAAUCACUUUUUCGACGAGGAAUCUCUGAAGAUCAUUACGCGUUAUUGCCCAACGUUAGAACGUAUUUCACUACGUGGUUUUAACGUCAGGGCAAAGGCUCUGAGGCUCUGUCACACACUCACGCAUCUGGUAUUCACAGAGUCGUCGUACCUGCAAAACAAGGCGUUGUGGUGGUUACUGCGACACUGUCGCCAUCUGAGAUGCUUGGAUCUCAGCCGUUGCUCGCGUAUAUCGGGCAUCAACUUCUACGUACCAUGCAACCACCUCGAAGAACUGCACCUGGAUGGUUGCGUCGUCAACCCUGCACUGCUGGAAGAGUUUUGUGCGACGAAGCCAUUUAUGAAAGUGUUGCACGUCGACGACUGCUGCAUGUUGAACGACGAAUUCUUUGCCUUGCACCUUCGUGUGGUUUCCGCGCGAGGGAGAGGCUUCAAAUUUUUGACUUCAGUCGGUUUACGGCAGAUCGGAAAACUUAAACAGCUUGAAGAGUUACAUCUUGACUUUAGUCGGGUAAUAGACGACGAAUGCCUAGCUGCAAUCACCUGCGGAUGUCCGGAUCUCAAAAUAUUUACUUGCGGUUACGCUGGCCUCAACUCUCGACUGACGGCGAAAGGGUUGAGCUUGCUUGGUUUAUGCACAAAACUGCGUGAGGUGGAUCUGAGCGAUGUGGAAUGCUGCGACGACGACGUCAUUAUCGCCAUUGCUUCCAACGGCUGUUUGCAAACUGUAAGACUACGAAACUCGUCUCGAAUAUCCGACAAUGCGAUCAACUGCUUAGCGAAUCACUGUGCGCAUCUAAAAGAGGUCGAUGUGUCCGGUUGCGUGAGGGUCACAGACAAGUCGAUAAGACUGUUUGCACAGCGUCAUCACGGCAUAGCUUGUAUGGAGGCAGCAAGUCAUGGGCAUGAGCAUGUGGAAAUGCUUGGGACCAAGAUUGUUUCAGAAUUUGGAUUUUGGAAUACAUGA